GGACCAGCAGAGGACAAAUAUUUCCCUCAGGAACUUCCUUACUGUGAAUUUACUUCACUUUAUUUAUUUUCAGAGUUUCCGUUUUUCUGAAGACUACAAGUACUCUCAUCACAAUGUCAGGGUUGAUAAAACAGAAGCAGUAUGACUGGAAAGACUCAAACCUCGCCCUGUUUGGCUCGGACACAGAGAGACAGGUUAAAAAGGAAUCCGCUGAAAGUGAGCCAGCAUGGAGGAAGGCUGGAGAGAAAGUAGGCCUGCAAAUCUGGAGGAUCGUGAAAUUCAAAGUAACUCACUGGCCAAAAGAGGAUUAUGGAAAAUUCUACGACGGUGAUUCAUACAUUAUACUCAACACUUAUAAAAACGAAUUCGGAGAAGAACUUCUCUAUGAUGUUCAUUUCUGGAUUGGCAAAUACAGCACACAGGACGAGUACGGGACGGCGGCUUACAAGACUGUAGAACUGGACACAUUUCUGGACGACAAACCUAUCCAGCACAGAGAAGUUCAGGAACACGAGUCGGACAUGUUCAAAUCCUAUUUCAAAACCUUAACAUAUAUUCACGGGGGAGCAGACACCGGAUUCCGUCAUGUUAAACCGACAGCGUACACACCAAAACUGUUCCACCUCUGUGGGGACAGACAUAAAGUCGUUGUCAAGGAGAUCCCCCGACAGAAGUGCCGUCUAGAUUCCGGUGAUGUCUUCAUCCUUGACCUUGGUUUGACUAUUUACCAGUGGAACGGCAGUGGGAGCAACAAAGACGAGAAAAUGAAGGCUCUCCAAUACCUGGCAGAACUGAAAUCAGAACGUUCAGGAAAGGCUAAGUCGGAAGUUCUAGAGGAGAGGGAUUUAGAGGAGGAUCAUGAGUUUUUACGCAGCUUAGAUGGCGGCGAAGAAGAUGACUUUUCUCAAUCAUCCAUUGAAGAAGCCAUGAAGGAAGAAACAAAAUUAUUCAGAGUGUCGGACGCUUCCGGGAGAAUGUCCAUGAAGCUGGAAAAAUCUGGCAGUAUCAGCAGAGGCGAUUUUGAUACCAAUGAUGUAUUUAUAUACGAUACCUCAGAGAGCCUUUUUGUGUGGAUCGGCAAGCAAAGUACUUCCUCCGAAAAGAAGAAUGCCAUGACAUACGCACACAACUACCUGAUGAAGAGUUGCCAUCCUUUCAUCCCUAUCACCUGUCUGAAGGAGGGUACGAAACAGUACGCGUUCGACACUGCCCUGGCCGCAUAAGUCUCAACGUAACUGUAAUCAAGCGCUGACCAUAAUUACCAAACCCUUCAAGCAGAUACCGAGUAGGGUUCGGGCUCUUCAUGGUUUCUCAGCCUUUGUAAAUGGAACUUUUUCUGUUCAGAAAUCUGUGUCAAAUGGCUAGAAUAACACUCAACAAAAGGCACUUGCCCAGAAAUCUCCUAUUCCAUAUCUUUAAAGUAGUUUUGAUAAUGUUAUUUACUUACAAAUGUGAACAAUAAAAAACACACCCAACUUAAAGGAACUAUAUGGACUUCAGGAUAAUUCAUAGACCAUAUAAAAAAGUGCUACUACAUUGUAUAUAUAGUAACAAAAAGUCUUCAUAAAUUUGCAGUCCAGAACUUGUGCCACAUCUCACUGCCAUUGAACAAUUAUUAUCGUCAUUAUUUUUUAAUAAAUUGGUUUUGUAUCUGUAAGUUACGUCUAUUGUAGUCAAGAGAACAGAAGAAGAAACAAAGAAAUAAACUUAAGUUUGGGUUUCAAUGCUACUCACUAUCGUUUUUUUUAAAUAUUGUAUAUGAAAUGAUAGUACAUGAACUAUAAUUCAUCCCGAUGUCUAAAUCCACUAACCUCACUAUGUCGAUGUUGACCUCAGUCUAUAGUCACUAACCUCAUUAUUUCGAUGUUGAUUAAAUCUUUA